AUGUCCGCUUUUGAGGAGCUGGGCGUGUCGCCCGAGCUCAUUCGUGCUGUGGAGGAGCUGGGAUGGACGCGGAAGCCGUCCCCCUCGAUCCUGGGAGGGGGCGACAUCAUGGCCGCCGCGGAGACGGGGAGCGGCAAGACGGGAGCCUUUGCGCUGCCCGUGCUGCAGGUGGUCCAGGAGGUCCGGGCCGGGCUCAUGCGCACCGGCGCGCCGACUGCGGGGCGCGGCGCAGCCACUGACCCAGCGCCCGCCGCCGCCGUCUGGAACGCGGCGGACCGCGACGACGCGCUGGCCAUCCAGCCCGACGGCCUGGUCUGCCAGUCCCGCAGCGAGGCGGCUUGGAGCGGGGUGCGCGCCUCGCUGGGCGCCGACCCCGCGUCCGGUCCCCGCUACUUCGAGGUCGCGGUGUGCGACGAAGGCCUGUGCCGGGUGGGUUGGGCCGCGCCGGCCUCCUCCCUGGAGCUGGGCACGGAGAAGGGGUCCUGGGGCUACGGCGGCACGGGCCGGCGCAGCCACGCGGGCGCCUUUGAGCCCUAUGGCAGGCCCUACGGCCUGGGCGACGUGGUGGGCGCUGCGCUGGACUGGCAGGCGCGGCGCCUCUCCUUCUUCCUCAACGGCAAGGACCUGGGCGUCGCGUACGACCUGCCCAAGCACCUGGCAACGCCCCUGUUCCCGGCCGUCACGCUGAAGAACGCCGAGCUGGCGGCCAACUUUGGCGCGGAGGCCUGGAAGUUUCCCCCGCCCCCGGGCUACCAGGGCUUCCUGCCCGGCGGCAGCAUCGGGGAGGGCCUGGUCUCCUGGGAGGUGGCCAGCGCCCCAGCGCAGGCGGGCUCCAAUGCGGCGCGGCGGCCCCUGGCCCUCAUCCUGGAGCCCACCCGCGAGCUGGCGGAGCAGACCCACGACAACCUGGGCCUCUUCUCCAAGUUCCUCCCUGUGCCCGGCGUCCGCACCGCCCUGUGCCUGGGGGGCACCAACCCAAAGGCCGCCGAGCGGGCGCUGGCCGAGGGGGCCGACAUCGUGACUGGCACGCCUGGGCGUGUGAUGGAAUUCGUGGAGAGCGGGAAGCUGGUCCUGGACGGCAUCAAGUUUUUUGUCCUGGAUGAGGCAGGCAAGGACUUGGAAAGGCCUUGCCUUGUCCCAGAUCGCCUGCUGGACACGGGGAACCAGGAAGCCAUCCGGAAGCUGUUCCGCCGCUUUCCCAAGGCGGGGGCUGGCGUGGCGCGCCUGCAGGUCCUGCUCUUCUCUGCCACGCUCCACUCAGAGGAGGUCAGGGCACUGGCGCGGGAGCUGUGCCAGGACCCGAUCCUGGUGGACCUUCGGGGCAAGAACCACCUGCCGGACACGGUGGAUCACUUGGUGCUGGAGGUGGACCCGCGGGAGGACCGCUCCUGGCUGCAGACCUCCCCCGCCGUGAUCAGCGACGGCUGCCACACCUUUGACGCGACGGGCACCGACCUGGACACCCCCGAGAACUGGUCCGAGGCCGUGAAGCGGCUGAAGCCCCGCCUGCUGCAGCGCUGCCUCACGGCUCUGGGCAUGGAGCAGGCGCUCAUCUUCUGCCGGACCAAUCAUGACUGCGACAACCUAGAGAAGUUCUUCAAGAACCUGAGCGGUGGUGCCGCAGCAGGCGGCGGCCCCGGCAACCCCUACUCCUGCGCGGUGCUGGCGGGCCAGCGCAGCAUGGAGGAGCGGCGGGCGGCCCUCGCCGCCUUCAAGGCCGGGGAGGUUCGUUUCCUGGUCGCCACCGACGUGGCCGCGCGUGGCAUCGACAUCCAGGGCCUGCCCUUCGUGAUCAACAUGACGCUGCCGGAGCGGGCAGAGGACUACGUGCACAGGGUUGGGCGGGUGGGGCGUGCUGAUGCACUCGGCCUGGCCGUCUCCCUGGUCUCGGCCCUGCCCGAGAAGGUGUGGUACGCCAGCGGCAAGGGCCAGCGGCCCUGGCUGGCACCCAGCCGCCAGAACACGGCGACCAACGACCGGCCGGGGGGGCAGACGGUGUGGCUGGACGAGCCCGGCCUGCUCCGCGACGUGGAGGAGAGGCUGGGCGCGGCCGUGCCGCGCCUGCCGGCCGACAUGGCCCUGCCUGCCGACAUCGCGGCGCGGCUGGGCAGGGGCCCGCAGGCCUACGGCGGGGGCGGCGCCGACGCCGACCCGGCGGCCCAAGAGGCGCUGGGCCGGCGCCUGGCGGCGGUGCAGCCGGCCCUGGCCGCGCUGGCAAAACUGGAGCGGGACGCGCAGGCCAGCUUCUUCGACUUGAAGCGCAAGUGGGCCGAGGUGGAGGCGGUGCGCGGCCGCAUGCAGACCGUCCCGCUGGGAGAGUGA